AUGCAACGUGCAUACACGCCUACGUACGGAGCUCACUCGAUUGAUGAACACCCAUGUUGCUGCCUGUUCAACCGCCAGUCGAAAUGUUACCAGACACAAAAGCAGUACUGUUCCGGUGUGGACACUGAAUGGCUGAAAAUUCCCGACAACCUGUACAAUUCCUCAACUGCUUCAGUUCCCACCGAUCGGAUCGAAACUCCGGACUCCGUCGAGAUACGUCCAACCGACGAAUCCGGGAUACGCGUUAGUCGCGUUAAGUUGGGACCAGUUUGCGGUCUGGAUCCCGAGUUUUGUCUGAGCCCACGUUCCAGUCCUCUCAUGCCUUGGUCCACGAACGAUGUAACCAAAUGGCCAGUAUGCGAACAUUCACGAAAACUGUCUCUAAACGAAGCCGAGGCACGUCACAUGACAUGCGAGGUCACAGCACGACCCUGUUGUUUGGGUAUUCGUGGUGGCUGUAUUUUGACGACCAAAGAACACUGUGACUUCGUUCACGGGACUUACAAUGAGAAAGCUGCUCUGUGUUCUCAGGUAAAUUGUUUGGAAAACACCUGUGGAAUGCUUCCGUUCGGGAAUGGUCUCUAUCCAGAUCAAUUCUAUCGUGUGCUCACUGCUCUAUUUGUUCACGAGGGUAUUCUACAGCUUGGGGUGACUGUGUUCAUCCAGCUGACAUUCGUUCGUAGUUUGGAGAAAUUUAUCGGCUGGGCGCGUGUCAUGUUCGUCUAUCUGCUAUCCGGCAGUGUGGGCAACUUUCUGGCCGCUUAUUUUCAACCUUAUCAAAUUGGAACUGGCCCGAUGGCAUGUUUUGUCGCAUUGAUCAGCUUGCGCCUCGUUAUCCAAUUGUUUUAUACUCAACCUGUGAUUGGUCUUCGUCUGGGCCUGUGCAAAUCUGCCUUCAUUCUCCUGGGUUUCUUCAUCUGCGGCUUUCUUCCUUGGUUCGACAAUUUCGCCCAUUUAGGCGGUCUGAUUUCCGGUGUGUUGUCCUCGUUUGUGCUUUUACCCUAUCCCCGACUGUGCGCUCCCAUUCUACCCGAAUUGGAUUGUGGUGCGAAAACUUCACGCCACUCACCAACCACUCCCAUUUCUGCGACCUUCAGUCACAGUUCGUCUUCCGCGCAUUCUACCAUCACCACAACUCCUCUCCGACCCCAUCGUGUCCCGAUCGAGUUGAUCUGUUUUGCUUUGUGGCUUGUGUUCGCAUUCGGAUUAAUUUUUCUCUUCUAUCUCGGUGGGGUAUUCCGCUGUGAAUGGUGCUCCUAUUUCACAUGCGUGCCAAUUGCAAAACACUUGUGCGAUUCAUUCCGACCUUAUGUGGAUGCACCGGAUGUGUGUUCCACCCAAACCUGGUAA